AUGACGAAGCUACACAGCGCACCUCCCUUCCGCGCAGAGCAGAUGGGCUCCCUCCUGCGUCCCGACAACCUCCUCGCAAUCCGCGAGAAGAUAGCCCAAACCGGGAUCUCCGAAGAAGAAGCAGGCCUCCCAAUCGUCGAGCAAGAAGCAGUCCGCGAAGUAGUCAAGAUGCAACAAGACCUAGGCUUCAAAGCCGUAACCUCAGGCGAGUACAACCGCACCCGAUUCUGGGGUCUCAUGUGGGACGAGUUCAAUGGAACAAUCCGCCUUCAAGACGCCGAAGCAUCUAUGUUCCGCCUCUAUCACCCAGACGUAGUCAGUCUGAUUGAAAAAGACCGCAAAGUGAUGCCCGGCGACUCUGUGAUCGCAGGCUCCAAGCUGACGCACAAUGGCGCAACAGCAUCGAAUCUGCACGAGCUCAAGCUCGUCCAGGCCUGUCUUCCACAGUCUGAAUGGCACAAUAUCAAAUUGACCAUGAUCACACCAGCCUGGUUCCACAUGCGGUACAAGCAGGGACGUGCAUAUGCUGCAUCUGCAUAUGCGAAUGACGAAGAGUACUUUGCGGAUGUGGCGAAGGUAUACCGGGGUGAGUUGGGUGCGCUUUAUGAGGCUGGACUGCGGAAUGUGCAGUUUGAUGAUCCAGGUAUGGCGUAUUUCUGUUCUCAGGCUUUCAGACAGGGAUGGGCUGAGGAUGAGAGUAAUACUGGGUCUGUGGAUGAUUUGCUUGAUGCUUAUAUCAAGUUAUACAAUGAUUCCUUGGCUGGGUUGCCUGAGGAUCUGCAUACUGGGAUUCAUCUUUGUCGGGGCAAUUUCAUUGGUGGGAGACACUUUUCGGAGGGGUCGUAUGAUGUUAUUGCGAAGAAGUUGUUUGAGGACUUGAAUGUUAACACGUUCUAUUUGGAGUAUGAUACUGAGCGGGCUGGGGGUUUCGAGCCGUUGAGAUUCUUGCCUAAGGAUAAGAAUGUGGUGGUUGGUGUGAUUAGUACGAAGUUGCGGGAAAUGGAGGACAAGGAGGCUGUUAAGCAGCGGAUCUUCAAGGCUGCGGACUUUGUGGCUGAGGGGUCUGGUGAGAGUCGUGAGGAGGCCCUGAAGAGGGUUUGUGUCAGUCCCCAGUGUGGUUUCAGUACCCAUGAGAGUGGGUAUCCUCUUCUUGUUGAGCAUCAGAAGAAGAAGAUGACUCUCGUCAGGGAGGUUGCGGAUGAGGUUUGGGGCCAGGCCUAG